AUGGAGGAAGAAAAGCAUCACCACUGGCUAGAAGUUAGCCCACUCAUCAUCGGCCUUAUCGGCGUCAUGGCCGGAGCUCUCAUAAUUGCAAUUUUUCAGUGCAUUAUUAGUUGUUGCAGCAAUAAUCACACAGCCCAACUCCAAAUUAAUGUAAGAACUAGUGAUGACCAAGUCGAAACUCCGCCUAGCAGCAGCAGCAACAGCAACAGCAACAAUUCAACGGUGCAAUUGAUCGGAUCGUGUCGAUACAGUGAAGAAUAUUGUAAAGAAGAGACGGUAUGUACUGUGUGUUUGGUUGAAUUCAAGGAAGGUGGUGAGGUUUGUAUACUACCUGAAUGUACACAUACAUUUCAUGUGGCAUGCAUUGAUAAGUGGCUACAUUCACACCCUAAUUGUCCACUUUGCCGUGCCCAUACAAUGCCUCGGCCACCAGUAGUAGCUUUACCAGAUUCCGGUGGUGGUGUUCUGCCAUCGGAGCUGUAUGGGUUGCCGGAUUUUGGUGGUUAA